AUGCACACAGUAAAAGGGCAGCCUUUGGAAAAUGGAAGUCAGCCAUCUGCUCCCUGUCCCUCCUCUCAAUCUGAUGGUGCUCCAGAAAAUACGCAAUCCAGAGCAGUAGAGUUUUGUGACUCUCCUGAGUCUGUUACAGCUGAGACAAUGAGACCUUCUGCUGAUGGAGCAAAUUCAGGUCAAGCAAGCCAGGAAGCAACAAAUUCUUCAGAUGAGCAAGUGAGUGAUGCUCAGCCUGUGAAUGAUCUUACACUCAAAGUAGAAAGAAUAACAAAAAAGCUUGAAGAAAGACGAGAAGAGAGAAGGAAAGAAGAAGAACAGAAAGAAAUUAAGAAAGAAAUUGAAAGGAGAAGAACUGGUAAGGAAAUGUUGGAGUACAAAAGACGACAGGAAGAAGAAUUGACAAAACGUAUGUUGGAGGAAAGGAACAGAGAAAAGGCAGAAGAGAAGGCUGCUAGAGAGCGUAUAAGACAACAGAUUGCAAUGGAUCGUGCCGAGAGAGCAGCUCGCUUUGCAAAAUCAAAGGAAGAAGCAGAAGCUGCAAAAGCUGCAGCUCUUCAGGCUAAACAGGCUGAAAUAGAGGCCAGAAAAGAAGCAUCUCAAAAGGAGCGAAGUGCAAUAGCCAGGAUUCAGUUCCGCCUCCCAGAUGGAUCUUCCUUUACUAACCAGUUCCCAUCUGAAGCACGACUGGAAGAAGCAAGGCAGUUUGCUGCGCAGACAGUUGGUAAUGCUUACGGCAAUUUUUCACUGGCGACAAUGUUUCCCAGAAGGGAGUUUACCAAAGAAGAUUACGGAAAGAAAUUAGUGGAGCUAGAGUUAGCGCCCAGCGCUUCAGUAGUGUUGCUGCCGGCGGGAAGACCUGCUACUUCCGUUGUUCAGGCUUCAGGCGGUGAUCUGUGGAAGUUCUUGGGCACAAUACUUUAUCCCCUCUUAGCAGUUUGGAGAUUUAUUAGCAACUUCCUGUUUACGAGUCCACCCCCCUCACAGUCCACUGUGAGAUCAGCGCAUCAGCAAGACCAUUCAAAUCCUUCAACAUCGAACAGCGUUGAGCAAAGCAGGCAAGCAGUCAGGAAACGAGUAGUGGAAAAGCGGGGAGAAGACUUCAAAAAAGAAGGCAAAAUAUAUAGACUGAGGACUCAAGACGAUGGAGAAGAUGAAAACAAUACUUGGAAUGGAAAUUCUACACAACAAAUGUAGUUUUGAGUAACUGCAGUAAUCACUGUCUGGCUUUUUUUUUUUUCUUUUUAUUUGAUCUAAGUCAACUAAAGCUUCUGGACAAGUGGGGCUUAUUUUACACUGACUGAAUUGCUUAAUCCUUAUUCCUGUAGCGGAGUAUGGAAUAAAGUCACCUAAGUCAGAAAAAUGGAGUGGGUGUGGCUGAGGCCUAGAAGCAGAGAGUUAAAAAGACUGAAAAUCUCCAUCAGCUUUCGUAAUCAUUACCCUACUGCCAUAGAAAGGCACUUUUUAAUCUAUAAAUAUUCUGCUAUAUAAAUUUAAGGGCCAGAUAUUAAUAUAAAGGUCAUGGUAGGCAAUGACUGAUUGAGGGUUUCAGAAGCACUAUAAGUAGUAAAUGGGGUAAUUAAUUUAUGUUCAAUUUUUUUCUUGCUUCUGCAACUGCAAGCAAAAUCUUUGUAGUUUUUAAUUCCCCAAGCACUCAAUAAACUAUUUUCCAGAAAA